AAGGGGAUAAUGUGGUUGGUGGCUAUAUUUUGUGCACACGAUACCAUCAACUGUCGCAAUAUUUAUUCUCCAAACCAUUUUUCGACUCCGUUUCUCCUCUUAAAAAGCCUUACCUGUGAUGCUAAAUGGACUUCCGGUCCUCCAGGUGCUGAGACAGGCUCGUGCAGCCUAACUGCGGAUAUCUGCUUCAGUGUGAGGGUUGUAAACAAUGAGCGUGUUCCUCUGGAUCACUGCUGGACAAACUGGGAGUCACCACAGACUGCGACAUUAAACGGGCUUGAAUUAGGUUCAAGGUAUGCUGCCUUUCUUUAGAUGUCCAAAAUUGAGCGCCUGAAUGCCCGAGUGGAGAAGCUGCUGUCCAAAGUGGUGCAGGAGGUCCUGGAGGUGGUGAAAGAGACUGUCUCAGAGUACCAGGAGAGAACAGCCAGGACACAGAGAGAGAACCAGAGUCUGAAGAGGAGGCUGCAGGAACUCCAGGACAAGUUAAAACUGGAGAGCAAUGGAGUGGUGCCACAGAUUUCCCCUGCUGAGCUGCACCUGAUGGGGCAGAAACAGAAAGAAGAGCUGGAAGAGGAUGCUGAACUCGUCUCAAGGCCUGACAAGGACAUCGCAGUGAUCUGUCCCUCGUAUCCAUUUGAAGACCUUGACUGUGAGGCAUCCGUCACAUCAUUGGGCACCCCAUGUCUCUCCCCUAGAGCUACACCACGACCACAUUUAGGUGGCGAUGACUUGAACACUCCAAGAGCUCCUAAAACAGAGACAGAUAACAGACUGUCAGUUUCAAACCAUGUGGUUACACUCUCUGAAAACAAUCGGCAAAUGAAAUUAGAGCCUGCGUCAGAUGCAGAUGCCAUGCACAACACAAAUUAUUUUUGUGGUGAUAUUAGCUCAAGCGCUACAUCCUCACACAGACUACAACCUCCUCAAGCCAGUUCAGGACUCUACGGUGAGCCCGGGGUCAUCUUCAGUCUGCAGCAAAAUGGCAUAGACGAGCCACUUUCCCACAGAUACAACAAUGCAAACUAUGCUGGAGUAGAAAAACAGCAAGUCACCCAAACAAGCACAAAAGGCCCGAGAGCGUUCCAGAGAAAUGUCAGAAAACACUACUGCUGCUCGUCCUGCGGCCGCACCUUCAGGCACGCGGGCGACUACAAGAAGCACAGCAGGGUGCACACGGGGGAGAAGCCCUACUGCUGCUCGGUGUGCGGGAAGCGGUUCAGUCAGUCGGGCUACCUCACUGUGCAUCUGCGCUACCACACGGGAGAGAAGCCGUUUGGCUGCAGUCACUGCGGCAAAAGUUUUAGUCACUCGAGUAACAUGAAGAAGCACCAGCAGACUCAUCUGUGAGGCUUCCAGACUUCCUCUUAACAUAUCAUGUUAGUGAUAUCUAAGGAUGGAUGGUGAGAAGGCUGCCUGUUUGUAAGCCAAUAUAAGAAUAAUAAAAGGUGCUGGAUUCUCAA